GUUAUACAUAAAUACGUUCUUCGAGAUUUCAACUUCACUCUUGUUGUGAUCUCAGAACGGUGAAGUUCGUCGAUAGAGUUCGCUUGUUUUCGCAUAGUUUACACACAAUGAAAUUCCUAGUUGUUUUGGUUGCCAUUUUCGCUGCCACCAUGGCUCAGCGUCCCAUGUAUGCCGGAAGUCGUCCCAUCGGCCGCCCAGACUUAGCCAGUCGUUUUAGAGACCCCAAUGAGGAAUCCACUGUUGCUGUUUUUAACAGAGUGGGUGAAGAUGGGACAACAGCCAAAAUUCCAGUUGAUGCCCGUGGAGAUGCCGUAUUGGUAGAUAGAUUGAACCAGUGGCCACGAGAACACAGACCUUUCUGGCUUCUUAACGCCGAUCAUAUUGAAGCUUCGAGAAAUUCUCAAGGAAACCAGUUACAAUCCAGAUUUGGGGAAGAAACCAGAAGCAUCCGACCAGUCGACCAGAGGUCCCCGUUUUUGGGAUCAAGGAAUUAAUUAAUUGCCUUUACUGUGAUACCUAUUCGAAUUUUAUACUAACCUGACUGUUGUUAGAUUUUACUGACAUGUUAAUAAUGUUUAUUAUUAUAAAUUUUGUAACGUUUAUAAGUUGAAAAUAAAAGUAAGGAGUUGAAAA